AUGUCGCUGGAGAUGGACACGAGGGCGAGGGAGUGGAUCGCCAGCCGCCUCACCAGCCUCCAGACCAAGCGUUCGGAGCUGGAGGUGCAGCUCCAAGCUCGCACAACCACAGCAAGUAAUGCCAAAGAGGCACUGCAGCGUCACCGAGAGGCCGUGGAUGCUGUGAAGGGCGAAGUCGCCGAAGAGUGGAGGCAAACAGAGCUCGCCGGGAAGCAGCUGGCAGAGGAGGGCGCCGCGCGGCAGCGAGCCGCUGAGCGCCUGGCGGUCCUCCGCCGGGAGAAGGCCUCGCUGUGCAAGCGGCUCGAGGCGGCGAAAUGGAACCUCGCCACAGCAUCAGCAGAGGCUGUGGCUUGCAGCGAGCUUGUUGCUGCCAAGGAGGCUUCCGUGACCGGGCUCAAGCAGCAGUGCCGGGUCAAGGAGCAGUCGCUUGAGAAGCUCAAGGCGGUGAAGGAGGAAUUUUUCAAAAAGGCGGCAGAAGAGAAGCGCAGGCGCCAAGAGCUGCGCGAGAAGAUGAGGGCUUGGCUUGCCGAGCAGGAGGCUGUGGAGAAGGCGCUCCAGACCAAGGUGGGGCAGCACCCGCAGGAGAUUGGAUCCCUGCGGGAGAAGCAGGAGGCCGCAAGGCGAAAGGGUGUCGAAGCCGAAGUCGCUGCGGCUGCGGAGAGGCAGAGGGCGGAGGAGUCCAGGAGUGUCAUCCCUUUGUACAAGAAGCAGCGGGAGGAGAUCUUGGAAGAGAUCCGCGACGUCAUCAUACAGGACGACCUGGCGAAGCAGGAACUUGAGAAGGUUCAGGGGACUCUCCUUGCAAAGCAGCACAAGGACAGCUGUGCCAGGAUGUAG